CCAAGCUAACUUUUGGUACAUGGAGAAGCAUUAGAGGUUUUAGAUUCUUUUUGUUUUAAUGUAACCCACUAAUUCAUCUUUGGUUUAGUAGAGUCCAGGAUAUUCUGGUGAAGUUGUGGAAUUCAUUCAUUAUGGUUGUGGACUUGCAGUUCAUACAUUACUGACCGUAAUUGUUGAGUAGUUCUGAUGCUAUUUUUUUCAGAUAUGGAUACGACCGAUUCUACUGCAAGAAAAUCCAUGUCUUAUGUCAUACUGCUUGGUUCAGUAUGGCCUUUCUGAAGUACACUCAUUAGUAGUCCUCUCCUUUUCAUCAUUUCAGUUACUAAUUAUAUUCCCCAUUUCAUUUUGAUCUCCAUCACUAUUACUACUACCCAUUCUUCCUAGGCGAUUCUUGGGUAUUGUUUUCCUUACCCACUUAUGCCAUGACGAAUGCCAAACAAUUUAUCUAGGACAUUGAACAUAAUUAUUAGAGCGCAAAGAAGUCUAUAAAUUGUACUGUUUGCGUCACACUUUUAGAAAUGGGAAUGAUUCUAUUGCGAGUAAAUCCAUAUCCUAUUGCUUGCUUUAGUGUCCCCUUGAGUAGCUCAGAAGCUCACCCAUCACUAGUUAUCCUCCUCAUGUGAUCAUUUCAUUGCCUGGUUGUCGUCUCUUCUCUGAUGAUAUUUGUUCAUUAACUUCUCUACUAAUUUUCAUAGCUUACAGCGCUUUCUUUUCCUCCAUUUGGGCUAAGAUCUAUCAUAGCUCUUAUGCUUUGCAGUCAGUUCAGAAACCCUCCAGUAAAAGGAGUUAGUGGCAUUGUAUGUAAAGCAUUUGCAGUGAUUCAAUUGAUUGUAAAAUGAAAGCUGCAGCUUGCCUUGAAUAAUCUUUCUCUGCAUGAAAUAUGGUCUUACUCAGCAACUGCAUUGUAUUAAAAAAGCCACAAUUGUAUGCAUUGUGAUAGACAGAGAAUCAUUUUUCCUGGGACAUUGUCGAUCAGAAAAAGAGCAAAGUCAUGGUUUUAGAAGCCUUAAACUCAACAUCCCAAGUCUUUCUUGGGCCUCCUGAUGAAGAAGAAGGAGGCUUUUAUCAUCCAGAAGGAACAGGAGGCCUGGCGUUGUUCCAGAUGUUGGAAGGGAUCACAAAUAACAGCUGCUCUCUCGCUGACGACAUGGAAGAAAAGCUGGCUGCUCUGGACCAACUGGAGAAACGACAUAAGCCAUGGCAACAUAGCUUUCAGCAGCUUUUGAACUUUCCUCUCUCUCAUGAUGAAUCCGUUUUUGGGAUUCAUGGAAAUAAUCAGUACGUUUAUGCAUCCGAGAACUUGAACAUUUUGGGACAGAUGCAGCAGCAGCAGCAGCAACAGCAGCAGCAGCUUUUUGAGCUCGAAAGCUGCAUUACUCAUGUUUCUGAUUUGAAGACCGAGGCCAAAGAUCAAUCUGGCUCAGAGGCAAUAGAAGAAGGUGUUAGCUCCUCUACACUACAUGAGCCUAAUUCUUGUGUGACUGUCAAUUCUUCUUCUGAGAAUUGCACCGGUGGGGCAUUUGUAACUUCUUCAGAACCAAUGACUAAGCCAGCCCAGUUUGCAGGUACAAGAAUGGAGGGCAGGGAGAGAAGGAAGAGAAAACGGUCCAAAACCUGCAAGAACAGUGAAGAAGUAGAGAGCCAAAGAAUGACUCAUAUUGCUGUGGAACGCAAUAGACGCAAGCAGAUGAACGAGCAUCUGUCUGUCUUACGUUCUCUCAUGCCUGGAUCCUACAUUCAAAGAGGAGAUCAGGCAUCUAUUAUUGGUGGUGCCAUAGAUUUUGUGAAAGAACUUGAACAGCUAUUGCAAUCACUUCAAGCCCAGAAGAGAAGGCGCGAGUCUGAGGAAUUAGGUUACAGUCCCAAUUCUCCCAUUCCCUUCAAUGGCUUCUUCCAAUCUCCACAGUAUACAUCCUACUCUGCACAGUGGAAAAACACCAGUGACUCUUUCAAUGAUGUUACCAGCGAUCUGAUUGCAGAGAAUAAGUCUGCAGUGGCAGAUAUAGAGGUCACCAUGAUAGAAACUCAUGCAAGCCUCAAAAUUCUAUCUCAAAAGAGGCCUGGACAACUUCUCAAAACCAUUGCUGCUUUACAAAGUCUUCGCAUGACGAUUUUGCACCUCAACAUAACCACUAUAGACCAGACAGUUCUCUAUUCAUUUAAUGUCAAGAUUGAAGAUGAAUGCCAGUUGACCUCGGCUGAUGAAAUUGCAACAGCAGUGCAUCAGAUUUUCAAUAUAAUCCAUUCCAACACCAUGAAUUGAAAGCAAGGGAGGCUCAUGUCUCCAUAUAUUUGUAGUACAUUCUCAUUCUAGAGAUCUCCUGUUCAAAGCAUCUUAUUUGAAGCGGGAGAAUAUGGUACGAAUGAUCUGCAUACCAGAUCAAAUGCAGAAGCAUUUAUUGCUUAUAAGAAUUUAGCAGGAUUCCUUCCCAAUGACUAUUCCUUCAAGAUCACAUAUUCCCACCGUACCAUGUCUAUAGUAUAGAAGAAUGGAGUCAUUAAUGCAUACCAUGGAAGAGACCCUUUGACCCUUUUGCUCGUGGGUUUUAAAUGCUCUCACAACUAUUGUACUUCAGGGUAGUUUUCCAAUUUCAGUUUUCCUCUACAUUUACUGUUUGUUAUACAUAUUCUUGAUAGGCCUUGGCAAGAGAAACAUUAUAUGUAUCCAUAAGAGAUGAAGCUGUGGAAAUAUAAUGCAGGUUUUUUUUACCA